GUUUCCCCAAGAUUCCCCGAGCGACCAUUGACCAGUGGAUCCGCCCGCCAUCCCAUGUUUCACCCGACCAUGGCCGCCCUACGACCCGCGGGUCACGGGUCAAGGGCCGUGCAUCCUGCAAGACGACGGGUGUCUCCGUGGGUGGGACACUGCCAUCCUUCCUAUGUUGCAGAUGCAGCACUCAUCGUGUCAUUUCUUCGUCUACGUGCUUCCAAGAGGCCGUCAGCCAGUGCUGUGCGCCAGAAGCUGGCCAAGGGUGUUCUCCAACGUGCUGUUGAUGUGCCAGACCCGGUGGCAGAGUUUCAGGCAUUGCGAGAGGAUCCAUUCGCCUCAUGGAGUCUAUUAGGCGACCAGGAGUUUCUCCAACGAAUCUUGAUGGUGCUCCUGGUGGCCUUUCUGCCAUGUUUCUAUUUGUCCAUGAAGGUGUAUCCUCUUAGCAAUGAACUCGGUGAAUGGCUGCCGCAAAACCUCUUGGCCGCCUCAGCCUUUGGCUUGAGCUUUGCUGCGUUGAUUCUCACUGCGGUGCUUCUACGCAUUGGAUCUCGCCAAGUGGAAGUAAACCAGCUGCUGCGGCAAGGUAGCAUCCUACUUGAGACCAGAGGCGGUGGCUACUUUGUAAAGAAGAAGACUGCGAUGAAGAUGCGCAAAGAUGCUAGGAGAUUAUCAGAAUUGCUGUCACCUACUAAGUAGUUUGCGUGAUUUUGUAUAUAUGUGUGUGUGUUGCAAAGGGUUACUCAUGCUUACUCUGACUUUCAAUAAUUCUUGCACCAUACGCUCUCCCUAUUGAAGGAUAGCCUGAUUCACCGCUAUGAGACUGCUCCGCGCAUCGUAAAACUGCGGCGCUAUCUUCUGUCGACAUUUCUUUUUGCUGUCGGAGCUGGAGCUGCUGGUGUUGCCUCCGGCGGGGACAUGAAAAUUGAUAAGAAUUAAAUAGACGUUGCGUAUACAUCCAAAACCUUUAUGUCUGAUAAUCUAGACGUGUCCGAUAUUGGGACAAAUCAACAAAUAGCUUAAAAAA